ACUAAGACGGUUGGAUUCAGAGAUAUAUCAGAAGGAAUUAUGUUGUGCAUCAUCGUCUAAGCGGCUUUUGACGAGCGUUACAUCAGGCCACUACCUCGCUUGGCAUCAUCAACGACGAUUUACGCACAAUUCAUGCAUCGGGCUCUACUUAUUUCUGAAGUCCUCUCGGAGAUAUUUGCGCAUCUGAAUGAAAAUCGAAUUGCUGGCAAGAAACCGUCAUCCCUUGAGGCACUUGCCAGGACAUGCAAGGCUUUCCACGAGCCUGCAAUGGAUCUACUUUGGGCUGUUUUGGAUGGAGUAAUACCACUGCUAGGCUGUGUAGCGAGGCUACAUCGAUUGAUAUAUUCUAGCGGUUCAAAGGUCAGUCCGGACUUGUCGUGCUUAUUCCUGUUUGCUAGCUCACUGAACCUCCAAAAGCGACUCACCUGGGACUGGUCUGAAGGUGUGGACCCAUUAUCUGCGCAUGAAGCCCAUCGUUUUCUGGAACACGCCGCCCGUGUGCGCUCACUAUCUAUAUCAUGCAGCGAGGAUCUUCAUCUUUUCGCACUCCUCCCCAUAGAGACAUGCAUGUUCCCGAGACUGCUGUCACUAACCUUUUUAGUCCGACGUCUUCAACAUAAAUACUUGUAUCUCUUUCUGUCCCCUGCCCUACGCCGUUGUGUCCUAUCUGUCGUUACUCCAGAAUUGAAAUCUCUUGCAACCCGUUGUGCUGCCUUGGAGCACUUAUCUGUCAAGACUCCUGAAUGGGGACAGCAGCCAGUAGAUGAUCGAAUCCUUCUAUCUGACACUGUCCGUUUGUGCAAGCGGCUUGUAACUCUGUCCUGUCUACCUCUCGACUGGGCGGCAUGGAAGCACCUCUCCGACCUCCCUAGCCUUCUCAAAGUGUCAGUCCGUGAACUGCGCAGUGCCUUUCGUUGGUCAUUAAACAGGGACAUCGUCAAUUUCACGCACUUCCCCAACGUCACAACUCUUUCUUUUAAUGUCAACACGGCUGCAUACGCUAUUACAGUCAUGCAACACUCAGAAUUCCCCUCGCUUAGAGAGUUUGAGGUGGUUACCGAUGUUUUGCCUUGCGUAGAGGCUGAACAACUCUUUUCCGCGCUAUCCCAGUGCAAAGCAGAGCAGACUCUUGGACAUAUUGCCAUAACCUCCCUUUUUCCAAAAGUCUCGAAGCCCUCAUGCGACUCUUUGGCCGCAGUCACACAGCUUCUUUGCUUCACCCACCUCCGCACUGUGCGGCUCAAUCUGCACCACUGCAUUGACAUUGACAACGACCUUCUUUUGAAAGUUGUGUCAAGUUGGCCGCGCAUCCGCUCGCUGGAAUUAGUGGACUCGAAGAUGCUACCCGCAGUUACAUUACGCGGACUAUUCGCAGCGCUCCGUCUAUGUCCCUACUUGCAUACAUUGCGCACAUUAGUGAACGCCGCGAAUAUCGAUUUCGAUCCUGCAGCCGAAUCAUUCCAACAUACCACCCUGCAAACAUUGGACUUGAUCCAGUCUGAUGUAACGGAUGCUGAAGCUGUCGCUCACAUCAUCUUUUCCGUCCUCCCUUGCGUUGACCGAAUUCGAACCCGGAAAGACCCUAGGCACGGUACAGUCUACCAGACAAGAUGGGACGAGGUCAACAGGCAUCUCAAAGAUCUUAAAUCUUCUGAGGUUGUUGGCGGCGAUAUCACAGGAACAGUCACGGAGUCCUGAGUGUGGGAUGCUCCGAAACUGUUAUCUGCCCAAAAUGCGCUGUGUUUCAACGUUGCGCCGAAGUACAUACAUGACGAUUGGCUCAUGCGUUAAGUAUAAUUGUUGCCUAAUAGACCUACUGUUUCGCCGCUACAGAAUUGUGGCGGCAACAGCAUCAUGAUGUGCGCAGUUAACUGCAUCAUCGGUUCAGCGACACUCGUUUUCCUAUUUCCCAGAAGGGCCUCGACAUCAGACGUUACGCGGAAGUCAAUUGCCGGGUCGCAGAGAUAAAUACUGUACAUACA